GGUUCCCCGGUGAUUGCGCGCUGGGGGCUGAGGCGAUUUUGGUCGUUCGGACGAUGCCGUGACGCAGCGUGGCGACAGCGUUGGUGGCGUGAGCGCAUUCCUGUGGAGGGAGCUCUUCGGCCGCGUGGGUGGCGCGGCAAGGAGGCAGGCUGCUGUUUGGGGCGUUCGCGGACCCCUUCAGUGGGUGGGGGAGGGGCGGCGGGCGGCGAGCGGCUUUCGUCUGCGCGUGCGCCUACCUCUCCGCUGACCCGGCCGCACGCACGCGCAUGCUCUGUGCGCGCGGAGCCGCGGUGGCCGGCUGUACUGCGCGUGCGCUCGGAGCAGCCCGCUGAGGAGCGGCGCUGGAGGACGUCGGGCGGGCGGCCGUGACGUCGUGAGGAGCGCUUUAAAGUGCGGGCCGGGCCGGGCGUCUGAGGGUCCGGCCGGGAGUCGGGCCGAGCCUCCGUGGCCGCCCUGCGCGGCAUGAGGCCCUGCCGGCGCUCCUGCCCCCCCGGACGCGGAGGAGGAGGGAGUCCCGUCGCCCCCGCCGCCGCAUGACCCGCAGCCCGUGAGGCCACCCCUCGACGCCCCAGCCGGGCCGCGCGGCCUCGCUCGAGGGCUUGGCGCUGAGGGCCCCUGCGGCCAGGGGCCCGGGCGCGUCCCCCAGAGCCAUGCCCGGCCGCCCCGCCCGCAGCGGAGGGCCCUAGAGCAGCGGCGCGGGCCAUGGCGGCCGCCAGCGGCUACACGGACCUGCGGGAGAAGCUCAAGUCCAUGACGUCCCGGGACAACUACAAGGCGGGCAGUCGGGAGGCCGCGGCGGCCGCCGCCGCCGCCGUGGCUGCUGCCGCCGCCGCCGCUGCCGCGGCCGAGCCCUACGCGGCGUCCGGAGCCAAGCGCAAGUACCCGGAGGACUCGGACCCCGAGCGCAGCGACUUCGAGGAGCAGCAGCUGCAGAAGGAGGAGGAGGCACGCAAGGUGAAGAGCGGCAUCCGUCAGAUGCGCCUGUUCAGCCAGGACGAGUGCGCCAAGAUCGAGGCCCGCAUCGAUGAGGUGGUGUCCCGCGCCGAGAAGGGCCUGUACAACGAGCACACGGUGGACCGGGCCCCGCUGCGCAACAAGUACUUCUUCGGCGAGGGCUACACGUACGGCGCGCAGCUGCAGAAGCGCGGGCCUGGCCAGGAGCGCCUCUACCCGCCCGGCGACGUGGACGAGAUCCCCGAGUGGGUGCACCAGCUGGUCAUCCAGAAGCUGGUAGAGCACCGCGUCAUCCCCGAGGGCUUCGUCAACAGCGCCGUCAUCAACGACUACCAGCCCGGCGGUUGCAUCGUGUCCCACGUGGACCCCAUCCACAUCUUCGAGCGCCCCAUCGUGUCCGUGUCCUUCUUCAGCGACUCUGCGCUCUGCUUUGGCUGCAAGUUCCAGUUCAAGCCUAUCCGGGUGUCGGAGCCCGUGCUUUCCCUGCCGGUGCGCAGGGGGAGCGUGACUGUGCUCAGUGGAUACGCUGCUGAUGAAAUCACCCACUGCAUCCGGCCUCAGGACAUCAAGGAGCGCAGAGCGGUCAUCAUCCUCAGGAAGACGAGAUUAGAUGCACCCCGAUUGGAAACCAAGUCCCUGAGCAGCUCCGUGCUGCCGCCCAGCUAUGCCUCAGAUCGUCUGUCGGGAAACAACAGGGACCCUGCUCUGAAACCCAAGCGGUCCCACCGCAAGGCAGACCCCGAUGCUGCCCACAGGCCUCGCAUUCUGGAGAUGGACAAGGAGGAGAACCGGCGGUCUGUGCUGUUGCCCGCACACCGGCGGGCGGGCCGCUUCAGCUCCGAGAACUACCGGCGCAAGUCCUACGAGCCUGGGGAGGACUGCUCGGAGGCGGCGGGCAGCCCCGCCCGCAAGGUGAAGAUGCGGCGGCACUAAGGCAGCGCCUCCGGACUCGCGUGAUCCUCACUAGCUGCCCCUCCUUUUGUUCUGUUUUGAGGGUUCCCCCCCUUUUUUUUUUGAUUCUAUUUUUUUCUCCUUGGUUUGUUGCCUGUUAAGGCUGAAGAACGGGAUUGGCCAGGACCUGGUUCUCUUGUUCUGGGUUUCCUCCUGGAUGGAAAGGCUGUUGGCAUCUGUAGGCACAGAAGCGCACACUGGAGGGGCCAGUAGAGGCGUGGAGGGCUGUGUCAGGCUGGGUUAUUUAAAAACAGUGAAAUGUUUUGGUUAAGAAAAUUCUUGUUUUGCUUUAAAUGUAAAUCUUCUCAGUGUUGUAAAUGAAGUUCUGUCUCCUCCCUCUCCUCCCACCUAUGUCUGCACUGGGGUGAGGUCCUGCUGGCUUUGCAGGGGGCCUGCUGCCUUCCUACCGCUCACCUGCUCUCCAGGCCCAGCAGCUCAAGUGGAUACCCCUCCUGCCGCUGUUGGGGAGAUGACAAGCAGAAGCCUGGAUGGUGUCAGCCCCUGCUGCCUGUAGAGCUGUUACUGGCUGAGACCUCGGGCUUCUUGCACGCCCUCUGGCCUGCUCUGCCCACGGGUCCCCGGCUGCCAAGGAACCGGCUGCAGUGGUCCUGACCUCUUGCUGGGAGCCCGCCUCUUUGCUGGUCGCUCCUUUCAAGCAUAUGCUUGCGAUUGUACGGAAUAGUUUUAGACUUGCUAUGUUGGGCAGUUUUAGGAGUUGUUUCUAGCUGGAGGGACUGGUGUCCUUCCAGGUCUAGCGUUUGGGGUAUGGAAAAUUGUGGUGGUGUGUGGUAGGGUUUUGUUUUCUUGUGUUCUGAGUUUUCAUUUUUUUCCUUUGGCCUCCUGGCUUUUUCCUUUCCUUUUCUUUUCUCGUCCAUCGACCAGCAUGGGCCUUCUCCCUGUGUCAUCCCCCUAGGAAGGGCCCUCCUGCAGCAUGCGUCCAGGGCCAGAGGUUGGGCCUACAGAUGGGGUGGGAACCUCCUCCACCUCGGGCAUCAGACCUGGGAAAGGGGCUUUUAAAAAAUAACAAAAGGGGAAAAAAGUGAAGUUUUUGGCAGUUUCCACCCACUCAUCCUUGAGGGCUGCAAGGUUUUGCUGAUCGUGGUUCCUUAGGAAUGUCUCCUUGCCAGCAGGCCUAAGACCCAGGCCCACUGAGAGCAGAGCCCUUCCCAGUCCCCAGGCUGCCCUGUGCAGGGGCUGGUCCAAAAGGAGGCUGCAGAGAGCUGGGCAGCCACCAUCAAGAAGCCCCUUUUGGGGCCAGAACUCCUUUGCCAGCGUGGAUUCCUCAAGUUGGGACUUCGUAACUAAAGCAGUUGCAGUUGUAUUUUUUUUACAGCUUUUUUCCCAAAAAUGAUUUGUAGUUGUGUGUGCAGCACUUUGCCCUGAUAUGUGUGCUCUACAAUAAAAACCAAAUCUAAUAUAUUUUGAAA